AUGCAAACACAUAACGGAAAUUACCAUUUUAUCCUCCUGUUCAUCUUGUUUGUGUCGUCGUUCUCGGCGACGGCGCAAGAUCUGCUCCGUUCAUCGUGCAGCCACGCAAGGUACCCCGCGCUCUGCAUCAAAACCCUAUCUCCAUACGCCACUAGUUCCGCCACCCCGAUGGAUCUAGCUCAAGCCGCUGUUAGGGUUAGCCUGGCCCGCUCUCGCUCACUCUCCACAUAUGUUACCACUCUUCAGUCUCAGAUGCAGCAACAGGCGCCGCCUUCCACCGACCGAGCCGCUCUCAAGGACUGCGUGCUUCAGAUUGCCGACUCCGUGGAUGAGUUGACUCGGACGCUGACCGAGUUGAAGAACAUGCGGGUGGGAACGGCGUCGUUCCAGUGGCACCUCAGUAACGCGCGGACGUGGACUAGCACCUCCUUGACCAACUGUUACUCUUGCAUCAGCGGAUUUGGCGGCAGCGACGGCAAGGUUGGGUUGGACGUGAAGCAGAGAGUGAACAGCGUAGGAAUGCUCACCAGCAACGCGCUUUACCUCAUCACCCGAAUCGGUGGUGCUGAUAAUGGCGUUGGUGGAGGAAACUGA